AUGCAGACAAGGGAAUUUGCCAUCAGGAUGUUGCUCCUGCUGCUUCUGCUGCUCCCCAAUAUAGUGUCCCAAGUACAAAGUGCUAAAUGCGCAACAAAUAAUCCCGUUCAUGUUCCACACGAGUGGUAUGAGCCAGGUGACCUGGUCAUUGGUGCAAUGGCAUCUCAUAUCUAUUACAUAGACCCCAAAUUAUCCUUCAAUAAACACCCUUCCCAGGUCUUCAUUGAUACCCCACUGGUGUUGACAAAGUUCUACCAGCAAAUCCUGGCCUUGGUGUUUGCUGUUGAUGAGAUCAACGAAAAUCCCAGGAUGUUGCCCAAUGUCUCGCUCGGGUUCCACAUCUAUGAUAGCUAUUAUGAUUCAAAGAUGACCUACCGAAACACUCUGGACCUGCUCUUUAAAUCACAUCACUUUGUUCCCAACUACAGGUGUGGCAUCCAGAAAAACGUCAUAGGAGUCAUUGGGGGACUCAGCUCUGAUACCUCCUGGUGCAUGGCAAACGUCUUAGGUCUUUUCAAGAUUCCACAGAUUUCAUAUGGUUCAUUUGAACCAGUCAUAAAUUAUGGAACCCAGUUCCCUUCCUUUUACCGCAUGGUCCCCAAUGAAGACCUUCAGUAUCAGGGAAUUAUCCAGUUACUUCUGCAUUUCAGAUGGAAAUGGGUUGGGGUCAUGACUCCAGCUAAUGAAGCUGGAGAACGUUUCUUGCAGAACAUUGAGCGAAUGCUUCUCAAGAAUGGAAUCUGUUCAGCAUUCACAGAAAGAUUUAAACACAAUAUACGUGAUAAUACUAACUUACAAGAAAUGGUGGACAUAAAGAUUUUGUUACCAACUUUCACAACCAGCAGAGCCAAUGCAGUUCUUGUAUAUGGAGAAAGUAGAUUUAUUAUAUGGUUGUCAGUUGCUUUAAGCAUAAUGGAGUUAUCUCAGCUACUAUUUCCCCAAAAGAAGUCACGUGAAGGAAAAGUAUGGAUUACAACUACCCAAAUUGACUUCAUAUUAUAUAGCCUUCAAAAAUUUACUGUUAAUAUACGAAUGUUCCACGGUGCUAUCUCCUUUGCAAUUCACUCCAAGGAGAUUCACAACUUUAAAGACUUUCUUCAGAGUGUAUACCCUCAUUGGACAGACACAGAUGGUUUUAUCCAAGAUUUCUGGGAAGAUGCAUUCAGUUGUUCACUUUCAAACGCCACUCUCUCAACAUCCAACGAUCACAUGUGUACUGGGGAGGAGAUGCUGCAGAGCCUCCCUGCACCAUAUUUUGAAAUGAGCAUGACUGGGCACAGCUACAGUAUUUAUAAUGCUGUCUACGCUUUGGCACAUGCCUUAAAUAGCAUGCACUUGGCUGGAAUCAUCCGCAACAGAAGAGAUGCUAAGGGAAAACUCUUUCCUUGGUAUGCAGAUCCUUGGCAGCUCCACUCAUUCCUGCAGAGAAUCUCAUUCAACAACAGUGCUGGGGAUGAAAUUGCAUUAAAUGAAUAUGGAGAGUUAGCAGCUGGCCUUGAUAUUACCAACUUGGUCACUUUCCCAAAUAGAUCAUACAUCAGAGUCAAAGUGGGAAGGCUGGAUCCUCAGGCCCCUCCUGGCAAAGAGCUCACCAUUAAGGAGGACGGAAUGAAAUGGCACAGAGACUUCACUCAGGUGCCACCGCUUUCUCUAUGUAAUGCCAACUGCCUUCCUGGUUAUGGGAAGAAAAAGAAGGAGGGGAAGAAGUUUUGCUGCUAUGAUUGUGAUCCAUGUCCAGAAGGAAUGAUUUCAAAUGAGAAAGAUAUGGAAACAUGUGUCAGUUGCCCAGCAGAUCAGUAUCCAAACAGCGGCCAGGAUCUAUGCAUUCCUAAGAUUCCAAACUUCCUAGCCUUUGAUGAAACCUUGGCCAUUGUUUCAUCUUCCUCUGCACUUUUAUUCUCUCUAAUCACAAUUCUGGUGCUCAGCAUCUUCAUUAAGCAUCGUAAUACAGCCAUAGUCAAAGCCAACAACCGAAGCCUCACCUAUGGUCUCCUUAUUGCCCUCCUCUUGUGUUUCCUCUCUUCUUUGCUGUUUAUCGGAAAACCUAAUAUGGUGACUUGCCUUCUCCGACAAACUGCUUUUGGCAUUGUCUUCUCUGUGGCCCUCUCCAGCGUCUUAGCCAAAACCAUAUUGGUGGUUUUGGCUUUCAUGGCUACCAAACCAGGAUCCAAUAUGAGGAAAUGGGUAGGCAAAGAACUGGCUUAUUCCAUUGUCUUUUCCUGCUCCAUUGUUCAAGUAGGAAUCUGUGUCCUCUGGCUGGCAACCUCUCCGCCAUUCCCAGAUGUGGACAUGCACUCAAUGACGGAAGAAAUCAUAUUUCUAUGUAAUGAAGGGUCAGUCUCCAUGUUCUAUUGUGUUUUAGGCUACAUGGGCUUCCUGGCCACUAUCAGCUUCACGGUGGCCUUCCUAGCCAGGAAGUUGCCUGACACUUUCAACGAAGCCAAGUUCAUCACCUUCAGCAUGCUGGUCUUCUGCAGUGUUUGGCUCUCCUUCAUUCCAACCUACCUGAGCACCAGAGGAAAAUACAUGGUGGCUGUGGAGAUCUUCUCCAUCUUUGCCUCUGGUGCUGGGUUACUGGCUUGCAUUUUCACUCCUAAAUGCUACAUUAUUGUGUUGAGGCCUGACCUAAACAACAGAGAGCAGCUAACACAAAGAAAGGUAUAA